UAAAAUGGAUAUAAAUAAUGUAGAUUGCAUUUAGUUCACUGAAUUAGGAUGUGAAUAUGUUACUAUAUAAGGAUCAUAAAGAACCUUUUUCUGAUUGUAAUGAUUAUUUUGAUGAUAAUGAACUUAGUUCUUCCCCUUCAAUUUCAGAUGAAGAUAUUGAUUUUAACUUCGUUUAUGCAUUGCAUACCUUUGUUGCUACAGUAGAAGGACAAGCAAAUGUUAUUAAAGGAGAUACACUUAUUCUUCUAGAUGAUUCUAAUAGUUAUUGGUGGUUAGUGCGUCUUGCGAAAGAUCAAACUGUUGGAUAUCUUCCUGCUGAACAUAUUGAAACUCCUUUGGAGAGACUUGCAAGGUUAAAUAAAUAUCGUAAUGCUGAAAUAUCUUCCAUAACAGCUGAAGAACGUGUGGAUAAUUCAAUUCUAUACAAUAAUACACAUGUUUGUAACAAAGAUAAUAAAUUGGUUGUAUUUUCUGUACCAACUUACAUUGAAUAUGUAGAGGAAGAAUGGGAUGAUAAUAGUAAAUGUGCUGAUCAUGAUUCUGAAAUAUCUGAAGAGUGUGAAAUACAUGAUUAUAUAAAUGAAAAUAGUGAUAAUUAUGGUGAUACGUAUACAGAUCUCAAUACAAGAGAUGUGAAUAUAAUACAGGGAAGAUCGUGUGAAAUGGUUUUAUAUGAUAAUUCUCAAAACGUAUCUAUUGCAUCUGAUUUGGGUGAUGUAAUAGGAAAUAGUUGUUACAAAGAAUGUAAUGAUAUUACUGAUAGAAUGUAUAUAAAUAAAUGUAAAAAAAAGUCUAAGGGAAAAUUUAGUGGAAUUUCUGAGAGAAAUGAUAAAAACGAGAAAGAAAUAUGUAAAUCUCUAGGCAAGAGUUGUGAUAGUUUAGAAAAUUUAAGAUUGGAAAAUAAUUCUCAGGUACAUAAUGUUUUUAAAAACGACGAUAUAAAAUGUAAUGUGACAUCUCUUUCUUAUGAUAUAAACAAAGGAAUUUAUGAAAUUUAUGACAAUGAUAGUGAUAACAUUUAUACUAAAUCUCAUGAUAGAGAUAACUUUCAUCUUUUAAAUGAUAUUAAAUACGAUACUGUAUUAGAAACUAGUGAGGUUUAUAAUAAGAAUAUAUAUUUAUCUAAAGGAGCUCUUCGGGUAUACUUUGAUGAAAGAAAAGAUUUGGAAUUGUAUUUUUUUGUUAAUUCUAUGUUUUCUUUUGAUAAAAAUGAAAAUAUUAUUUAUCCAGAAAUUCAUGAACUUUACGUUAAUAUAGAGUUUGAGUUGGAAAAAAUAUCUCAGCAACUAGAUACGAUGCUUAUAAAAUUUAAAUGCUAA